AGUGCGGCAAGUUGUUUACGUUUUUCGCACACGUGCUGACGCAUCUAUUAGUAAUAUUUUCGUUCUUUAAGAUUAUUAAACGUAUAUAAUAAGUGGACAAGUAUUAAUCCAAUGAGUUCCAGCAAAAUUCCACCGCUCACCUACAAAGUGGUGGCCGAAUGCAGCGUUUCUAAAGCGCGCGCCGGUCUCAUGACUUUGAGGCACAGCGAGGUGCGCACUCCAGUAUUUAUGCCCGUGGGCACGCAGGGCACCCUCAAGGGCAUACUGCCCGAUCAGUUGAUUGAGCUCGAUUGUCAAAUCCUACUCGGCAACACUUAUCAUUUGGGACUUCGACCGGGCAUCGAGACGCUACAAAAAGCAGGAGGGUUGCACAAUUUUAUGGGCUGGCCACGCGCAAUACUCACGGAUUCGGGUGGCUUUCAGAUGGUCUCACUGCUGCAGCUCGCGGAAAUCGAUGAGCGUGGCGUCAACUUUCGUUCGCCCUUUGAUCAAAGUGAAUGUAUGUUAACGCCCGAGCAUUCGAUGCAAAUUCAGAAUGCCAUUGGAGCGGACAUCAUGAUGCAGCUGGACGAUGUCGUGAAGACCACAACAACGGGGCCACGUGUCGAGGAGGCUAUGGAACGCACUAUUCGCUGGGUAGACCGUUGUAUCUCAGCUCACGCCCGCAACGAUGACCAAUCGCUAUUUCCCAUUGUCCAGGGAGGAUUGGAUAUUCCUCUCAGAGAGCGAUGUGUAUCUGCUUUGAUGGAGCGCCAGGUGCGCGGCUUUGCUGUGGGCGGCUUAAGUGGCGGCGAGAGCAAACAUGACUUUUGGCGCAUGGUUGAUGUGUGCACCGAUCAUCUGCCCAAAGAGAAGCCACGUUACCUGAUGGGUGUGGGCUUUGCAGCCGAUCUUGUGGUCUGCGUCGCCCUCGGAAUCGAUAUGUUUGACUGCGUAUUUCCCACACGCACAGCUCGCUUUGGUUGCGCCUUGGUGGAUGGUGGACAGCUGAAUCUGAAGCAGCAGAAGUAUAAAAAUGACAUGACGCCCAUUGAUGUUGAUUGUGGUUGCAACACCUGCAAGCGUUACACCCGCUCCUAUCUGCAUCACAUUGCCACCAAUGAGAACGUCUCCUGUUCGUUACUUAGCAUCCACAACGUUGCCUUUCAGCUGCGUCUGAUGAACUCCAUGCGGGAAGCGAUCCAACGGGAUGAGUUUCCGCAGUUUGUACGCGAUUUCAUGGCCAGACAUUUUGUGGGCGAACCGAUUCCCACUUGGAUACGUGAAGCGUUGGCAGCUGUCAACAUUGAACUGCCCGAGGACGCAGUGCACCAAACAGAGGAGCAGGAGAAGCGGACGGAAAAGAGCAGAUGAUUCUAGUAGCUACUAAAUAAAAAUUCCUUUCAAUUUAUAUUUAUUGACUUCAUAAUUACACGACAACUGUAAUUCAA